AUGGGCAUACAACAACUUUUCACACCUUUAUAUCACCCCGAAGCUAACCCUGUAGAACGCAAAAACCGAGACCUCAAGGCCCAGUUGGCCAUACUCGUUCAGAACCAACAUAACACUUGGAGCUCUGACUUAGCAUCCAUCCGUUUCGCAAUGAACACUACCAAAUGCCAAUCGACCGGUUACUCCGCUGCAUUCCUCACUUUUGGAAGAGAACUACGCACCUUCGACGAUAUAGAGCACGAUAUCAAAGCGAUAACAGAGAGCGAGAACUUUAUACCUCAGAUUACGCCUUAUCUAAGAAGUAUGGUGGACACUUUUAACAACGCUAAAGAGAUAGAACAAACAAUGCAAGACCGUAACAAAGAAUAUGUCGACAAACGCCGGAGAUCUCAAGAUGGCAUCGAAGUAGGAGCCGAAGUUUUAGUGACUACCCACGUCCUCAGCCAAGCAGCUAAAGGUAUCACCUCGAAAUUCGUGCCGAAGCGUGACGCACCGUAUGUGGUUGUCCGGAAAAUUGGGAUUGCCGCCAAAUCCGAUCCUGACGCUCCACUAGGAGCUUACCAUGCAUCCGCCUUGACUUUAUAG